CAUCACUAGGGGACGCCCGUUUCCUAACACGUCCAUGUGCAGUACGGACCUCUGUGCGUUAUGCAUCCGUUUUGUGUCAGUCAUUUACGGGCGUGGAGCCCGAAGCUGGUGUGUUUUCUCCGCUAUUCUACCCCCAGCGAUCUCCCGGUGAUUCGCCUCCCACGUCGGACCCUGCAGUUCCUGGAGAAGCAGCAGACCGGAGCGGUACCGGUUCCCCGGGCCGGCAAACUGCUGAUUAGCUCCCGUAGGCGAGAGCUGAACCAGUUCUCCCGUGAGACGUGCGGCCUCUGGGAGCUGCCGCCUCUGGUGAGCCGGGGCUGGAAGCACAGGCAGUCCCGUGGAGACCACUUCACCAUUAACAGGCAGCGGGAACAGCGCCCCUGGCCGGAGACAGAGGGAACCUUUCACUCUCUUCCUCUGGAUCCCAGACUGGUGUCGGCUCUGGACUCUCAGGGCAUCACGACCCCCACCUGGAUCCAGAACCAGACCAUCCCUCCUCUGCUACAUGGCAAGAACGUGCUGUGCGCCUCCGAGACCGGCAGCGGCAAAACCCUGGCCUAUAUAGCCCCUAUAAUACACAGACUCCUGUGCCAGGACGUCGACGACGUCACCUCCACGGACCCUCGGAGCCUGGUCCUGGUUCCCUCCAGAGAGCUCGGAGGCCAGGUGGCCUCUGUGGCUAAAAGACUUUGCGCCCAGUUGGGUUUAUCCGUAAGGUUUGUGGGUGGAGGUCAUGGGCGCAGAGCUGUGGAGAGGCAGCUCGGUGGCGGUCCGCUGGACAUAUUGGUGGCUACGCCCGGUGCUCUCUUAAAGGCCCUGAAGUGGGGCAAGCUCGGCCUGUCCGAUCUUCAUUACUUUGUUCUGGACGAGGCUGACACGCUGUUCGAUGAGACCUUCUGUGAACUGGUGGAGGCGAUUCUCAUGCACGCCCAGAUCGCCUCUCGGGCUAGUGAUCUGCAAGGGCCCGAUAGGAAAGCCCAGCUGGCAGUGAUUGGAGCCACCUUCCCCAGAGGCGUUGCCAAGGUCCUGAGUAAGGUGACGGAUCUUGGCAGCAUUGACACCAUCAAAAGCAAGAGACUGCAUUUCCUAAUGCCCCAUGUUCAGCAGGUGUUCAAAAAACUGAAGGGACUGGAUAAAACCACCGAACUUCUGGAGCUGCUGAAGAUACAGGUUGCGGAGAAACCAGGCAAAGGAGUUCUGGUCUUUUGUAACAGCUCGGGCACAGUGAACUGGCUUGGUUAUAUACUGGAUGACCAUGGCAUCAAGCACGCCAGGCUUCAUGGCCAGAUGCCAGCGGAUAUGCGUUCCGGUAUCUUUGAUAGCUUUCAGAAGGGCGAGUGGGACGUGUUGGUCUGCACUGACAUCGCUUCACGAGGGCUGGACAGUCUCAGGGUGGACACCGUAGUCAAUUAUGAUUUUCCUAACGCUUUGGAGGACUACUUACACAGGGCAGGAAGGGUGGGUCGCGUCGGCAGCGAGAGUAGCGGUAUGGUAGUGAGUUUUGUCACGCACGCCUGGGAUGUUGAACUGGUGCAAAAGAUUGAAACUGCUGCUCGAAGGCGAAGCAGUCUCCCAGGGUUAGAGUCCAGCUUAAAGGAGCCCGUGGACUCCAGUCACCUUAUUAAAGAGCAAUAGAAGGUGAAGCAACAACGUGUGUAGAUUCCUUCUGCAAAUCAUGGUCCUGGUCCAGGCCUGUUAGGUUUCUACAGCUUUCUAGGAUAAUUGGUGGCUCUUCUUCGAAGAAGAUAAUAUUUGUUGAAUAAAAGUUUAUUU